UGAGUGCUACUGUGUGACAACCUGAAAACUUUUCGUAUGUUAAAAUGUUUGUGUAUGUUUUGAUGGUUCAGUUAGCUUUCAGUAACAGCUCUGUGUUGCAGGAGUCUGAUAGUUAUUUUAAUAGUUUUGCAUUAGUGUCCAACAUGUCUGUGGAUUGGCUUGGUUAUGGUUACGCCACGCUCAUCGCGUCUGGGGGAGUUGUUGGUUAUGCAAAAGCAGGCAGCGUCCCUUCCCUGGCUGCUGGUCUUCUUUUCGGGGGCCUUGCAGGUUUUGGAGCCUACCAGAUCUCCAACGACCCUAAUAAUGUCUGGGUGUCUUUAGGUACAUCAGCAGCACUGACCGGCAUUAUGGGAAAGAGGUUCUACGGAUCAAGGAAGUUCAUGCCAGCUGGUCUGAUGGCAGGAGUGAGUCUUCUGAUGGUGGGGAAACUUAGCUUGGCAUUGCUCCAGAAACCUGCAGGAUCCUCAUGAGACGAAGACGACUGAAAAAUGUUUAGUUCUCAUUCGCUCACAUCAGUCUGCUUUUUCAGGGACAGCCUGUCAGCAUCUGGCAUUUGCUGUUGUUUUGUUUAAAAAAAAAAAGAGAGAGAAAAAUGUUUGACCAUGAAAUAUAUUGUCUA